CCAUCCCGCCCCAUCCCCGCUGGCACCGGCGUCCCGGACACCGGGAUCGCUACGACAUGCCCCGCGCCCGCGGUAUUCCCCGGGAUGGAGCGCGGGAGGGCGGGCGCGGAUGCGGGGAAGGGGCAGGCCUGAAAAAAUCCAUGGCUGCUAUGAUGACUUUCUUAGGACACCUUUGGAUGUAACUGUGAAAAGAAUACGUAAUUUCUGAGCAGCUGCGGCGGUAAGGGGAGUAGUCCGGGUCCUGUGUGCUAGUGUUAGAGAUUAAUUAUGUUUCAAUUGGUGUUUUUCAGCUGAGCUCUCAAGAUGGUGCGCUACUCCCUGGAUCCGGAGAACCCCACGAAAUCAUGCAAGUCCCGGGGAUCUAACCUGCGUGUGCAUUUCAAGAACACCCGAGAGACGGCGCAGGCCAUCAAGGGCAUGCACAUCCGCAAGGCCACCAAGUACCUGAAGGAUGUCACCCUGAAGAAGCAGUGUGUCCCCUUCCGGCGCUACAACGGCGGCGUCGGGAGGUGUGCCCAGGCCAAGCAGUGGGGCUGGACACAGGGCCGCUGGCCCAAGAAGAGCGCAGAGUUCUUGCUGCACAUGCUGAAGAAUGCAGAGAGCAAUGCUGAGCUCAAGGGUCUGGAUGUGGACUCCCUGGUGAUCGAGCACAUCCAGGUGAACAAGGCUCCCAAGAUGCGCCGGCGCACGUACCGGGCACACGGCAGGAUCAACCCCUACAUGAGCUCCCCGUGCCACAUUGAGAUGAUCCUCACGGAGAAGGAGCAGAUCGUGCCCAAGCCGGAGGAGGAAGUUGCCCAAAAGAAAAAGAUCUCCCAGAAGAAGCUGAAGAAGCAAAAGCUAAUGGCUCGGGAAUAAAUCUGCCUGGACAGAUGUAUAUAAAUAAAAUCUUUUAAAAUUUGGA